AAUGUAUGUAAUAGCACUUCUAUUAAUUUUUGUAUUUAUUACAGAAAUGGUGAAAAUACAUCAGCUUUUCAAGAUCACUAUCUUGAUUCAACGUGGAGAAGAGAGAAUGGCUGUCUUCCUUGGACUCUGGAUAGCACCAUCAGUGAUGAGAACAGAGCCGUCAUUGAGAAAAUGCUGUUGGAAGAAGAGUAUUAUUUGUCUAAUAAAUCACUUCCAGGAAAAUUCUGGGUUAAUCAAAAGGAAGAUGAUAAAAAAUACACAAAAAGCCUUCAGAAAACAGCAAAAAUCAUGCUACAUUCUCCUACAAAACCAGCCAGUUAUUCAGUAAAGUGGACGAUAAAAGAGAAAGAACUAUUUGAACAAGGACUGGCUAAAUUUGGCCGAAGGUGGACCAAAAUUGCAACACUAGUUGAAAGUCGCACAGUUUUACAAGUGAAGAGUUAUGCCAGACAGUACUUUAAAAAUAAGGUAAAGUGGGGUGUGGAGAAAGAAAUACCAUCACAGAAGAGCAGCAGUGGUCUUCAGGUUAACAAAGGUGAAAGGACGAAGGAGUGGGCAGCAUCAUGCUUAAGGGGUCGUGCUGAUCCUAACUUGAAUGCUGUAAAAAUUGAAAAAUUAUCUGAUGAUGAAGACGUAGACAUCACAGACGAACUAGAUGAGUUGACUUCUCAAACAGCGCAAAGGACUUGUGGCAGCCUUCUCACUUCAGAUGCUCCUAGUAGUAAACUGUGUAGAACCAGCCAAGGAGAGCUCAUGUGCCCCGAGGGUUCCGUAGCUAGCCCUGCAGGGGCGUGUCUGCAGGGUGUGAAGCAGACGGAAGCAGAAGCAUGUUCAAGCUCAGCAGUUACAUCAUGGGCUGGAAAUCAGAAUAAUAAUGGCAAAAAUUCCAUCAAAUUAACUGAGAAAUGCAGUAAACUGGGGGAAGAGUCUGAUAUGCAAGGAGGAAAAGGAGGACCAGAUGAGGCCACGCGCUCACCUUCCCCAGAGUCCUGUGAGAGCCGGAAGGGUGCAUGUGGAAAUGAAGUGCUGCUGCCUCCUUGCCAGAUGGUGGAGGAAAACCACGAGGGAGAAGAGCUUAGGCCACCAGAGCAAGAAGUGGAAAUAGAUAGAAAUGUAAUUCAAGAAGAAGAAAAGCAAGCAAUUCCUGAGUUUUUUGAGGGGCGUCAAACAAAAACACCAGAACGUUAUUUGAAAAUUAGAAACUACAUUUUGGAUCAGUGGGAAAUAUGCAAACCGAAAUACUUAAAUAAGACCUCAGUGCGUCCUGGCUUGAAGAACUGUGGGGAUGUUAACUGUAUUGGACGGAUUCAUACCUACCUCGAGCUGAUAGGAGCAAUCAAUUUUGGAUGUGAGCAGGCAGUAUAUAACAGGCCACAAGCAGCUGAUAAAGUACGAGUGAGUGACAGAAAAGACGCAGAAGCGGUGUACCAGCUUGCCCGGCGCCUUCAGUCUGUGCGUACAAGGAGACGUAGGGUCCGAGACCCAUGGGGAAACUGGUGUGAUGCCAAAGACUUAGAAGGGCAGACAUUUGAGCAUCUGUCUGGGGAGGAGCUGACAAAAAGAGAAGAGGAGGAAAAGUGCAAACCUACUAAAUCUUCAAAACCUUCAAAACUACCAAAAAGCUCACUUGAUCCAUUCCAGCUGAUCCCUUGUAAUUUUUUCAGUGAAGAAAAGCAGGAGCCAUUUCAGGUGAAGGUAGCGUCAGAAGUACUUUUAAUAAUGGAUUUGCAUGCGCACGUGUCAGUGGCAGAGGUGAUUGGGCUGUUAGGAGGAAGAUACGCAGAGGCUGAUAAGAUCCUCGAAGUCUAUGCAGCAGAACCAUGUAACAGUCUCAGUACAGGACUGCAGUGCGAGAUGGAUCCUGUGUCACAAACACAGGCCUCAGAAACCUUGGCUCUUAGAGGCUACAGUGUUAUUGGGUGGUACCAUUCUCAUCCUGCGUUUGAUCCUAACCCAUCUUUACGAGAUAUUGACACGCAAGCCAAAUACCAGAGUUACUUCUCCAGAGGAGGAGCAAAGUUCAUUGGAAUGAUUGUUAGUCCAUAUAAUCGAAGGAAUCUUUCACCGUAUUCCCAGAUAACCUGCUUGGUUAUAAGUGAAGAAGUUAGCCCUGAUGGUAGCUACCGGUUACCUUACAAGUUUGAAGUGCAACAGAUGUCAGAAGAACCUCAGUGGGAGUUAGUGUUUGAAAAGACAAGAUGGAUCAUCGAAAAAUACAGGCUUUCUCAUAGCAGCGUCCCCAUGGACAGAAUCUUUCGUCGGGAUUCUGACCUCACUUGUUUGCAAAAACUUUUGGAGUGUCUAAGGAAAACAUUAAGCAAAGUAGCCAAUUGCUUCAUCGCUGAGGAAUUCUUGACUCAAAUAGAAAAUUUAUUCCUUUCCAAUUACAAAAGCAAGGAAGAAAAUGGCCUGGCUGAAGAGAACAGCACAAAGGACUUGUUCAUGUAAUUAUUUAAAGUACGACAUUGUAAC